GUCGUCCUUCUCCUCCCCUUCCUUUUUCUCCACCCCCCUUCCCCCAUACCAGGGUGCAGGGCGAACAACUGCCCGCAUUUCUGGCCCGCUGCAGCCUCCCGUCCUCGCGGCCGCAUCGCGAAGAACAGACGAGACAUCAACGAAUUUCCUGCGGAGGCGGCUUCGGAUUCGUUUCCGAAGGGUUCCGAGACGUUCGGGGCACGCGUGGAUGGAAUCGGCAAGGCUCUCCGCCAACACGCGCGCGCGCGAGUUGGAACCACAUUUUCCGUUGUUGAAGCAGGUGGCACGCCUCCGCUUACAGCGGACAAAAUGCGCGUUCGUCCCCCUCUGAACCGCCCUCACCCCCGACCUCGUUCUGCAGCUCCAGGCGGAGUUGCGACUGUGGGCUCCCAACUGGGAUAUUUUUUUAAAAUCAGUGGGAAGGCUCAGUAUUUCGGGACGUGGCCUGGCCUUGCGGCCACUUUUGCUGAUGAGUGGCGGGCCCCCGCCCUUCAGUGGAACGCCAGAUGCAUGGAGCCUGGUGAGUUGCAGUCGUGUGCCAGCGUAGCCUCGCGAUUGUACAGUUCUGCGGUGCUCACUUGCACGUCAUGUGGCGCUCGAUAAGGCUCUGGGCGGUCGUGGGCUCUGGGGUCUCCACAAAGCCCCCAACCUCCCCCCGAAUUCGUUUUCUCACUGCGAGCUCCUCUCCCUGGCUAAUUAAUUGGACAUCCCCCCAACCUCUCUUCUCACGAAUGCCAUGGCGUGCGCAUGGAGAUGCGCGUCCCUGACGCUAGACACGAUUUGGGGAUCGUUCUACCGGCGCUUACAGGCCGCGUUGCAGGAAUCGCUGAGCAUCGUCGUCUUCUACAGUGGCACGUGGUGGCCAUUGUGCAAAUUUUAUCGCGAGUUUGUUUCCGCCGCGCUGGUGUCAAAGCCUCCUCGCAGCUCCGUAUUGCCCAACAUCGGGCACGCGGCGCCGUGCGCGCUGCACUCGGACCCAUUCGACGCCCGCAGAUGCAGGGAGUGUUUCACCGCUCCCUUGCAGGCCUUGCCCAUCCUGACCAGGUGCAAUUGCUAAUUGGCCGGCGCCUGCACACGUGGUUCUCUUGUCCGACACCCAUUCGGUUCAGGGAGCGUGUGUGUGUGUGUGGGUGGGGGGAGGCAACCACGAGCUGCAUGCACGUCACGGACACGUUGUGGAGCUGCAUUUUCGGGUGCCCUCGCCCCGAUUGCAUAGCACACUAUUUAAAGUGUCCCCGCCUGACUUACCUCUUUGGUCGUCCUCGACCUGUCGUCUCGCCGUGUCCCC